AUGAUUCUUAAAGAGAAUAUCUUAGAAUAUCAGCCAAAAUUGAUGAAGAAAGCCAUGCUCACUUUGUGCUGGAUCCUAACAUUUUUUGUCAGUGGAGCAGAAGCUAGAGAGACUAACUUGUUAGGAUGUUCCCGUGUUGAACCUCUGUGGUAUCGUGCAAUUAGUGAUGAAGAGUUUGUUUUACAGUGUGCUUUACCAGAUGGAUAUGCUUCACACAGUUACAACAGCUCACUUCCAAAACAGCACAAGGUGAAAUGGUUCUGGAGUCAAAAAGAUAAAGAACCACUGAAAGCUAUCAUGGAAAGCUCUAACCCUGUUCUCCAAGCGGAUGCACUUUUGUUUAAACCAAUAAAAGACAGGGCUUCUGGAGUGUAUGUCUGCAUGAUAUGGGAACAAAUCCCCUGUCUCAAAAUUGUUUUGGAGGUUCAAACAAAGGAGGUGGCAAAAUGUUCAGGUUAUGACACAAAUAUACUAUAUCUUCUUGCUGGCAAUGGAAAUUCAAUAACUUGCCCUGGGACAAAAUGCUACAACCAUAUAAAAAAGUCAGAUGUAAAAUGGUACAAGGAUGGUUAUCAGAUAAAACAGAUGAAAAGAAGACAAAGCCUAAAGCUUAGGCAUAAUGAAAUCUACUUGAAUCCAACAUAUGACAAAGAUGCUGGAAUGUAUGCGUGUGAUUACAUUCUAUAUGACAACGCUACCAAGUGGACAAUGAGAACAAUGGUCAAAGUGGAAGUCAUUGCAAAAAACACAAUCCAUCCACCAAACUUCUUGUAUCCCAAUGGUAUGGUGAUCCUCGAAGCAGAGCUUGGAAAGCCACUUGAAUUGGAAUGUCGUGUACAGUUUGGGUUUGAAAGAGUUUCUCCAAUGAGGGUAACAUGGAAGAGAAACAACAAAGAGAAUAUAAAUGAAAAUUUGAAUCAGGAAACAAGCAUUUAUCGAAAAGGUUUACAGGGACUCACACUUCUUCAUGUUGCAAAACUGAAAGCAGUUACUGAAAGGGAUCUCAGAAGCAACUUCACAUGUUUUGCUGAAAAUUUGGUGGGGAAUGCCACGGCUGUGAUCCAGCUGAAGAGAAAGCAGAGAGUGUUUCUUUUACACAUCCUAUGCAGUGUCAUUUCUACUCUAUUUGCACUCCUUUUGUGCACUGCCUUUAUUUACCAGUACUGGAUUGAAAUAGUGCUGGCAUACCGAAGUUAUCUGGUCCACAAUGAAACUAUAGGAGAUGGCAAAGAAUUUGAUGCAUUUGUGUCCUAUGCAAAACUAGGCUGUUCUGAAAAUGACUCUGCUCUAAGUAGUGAGGAAAAAUUUGCCCUGGAGGUUCUUCCAGACAUGCUGGAAAAUAAGUAUGGAUACAAGUUAUGCAUUCUUGAAAGAGAUGUUCUGCCAGGAGGAGUGUAUACAGAUGAAGUUGUUACAGCUAUUAAACAAAGCAGACGAGUAAUAAUUAUUUUGAGCCCAGCCUAUGUCAAUGGAUCAGGUAUCUUUGAACUGCAGGCAGCGGUGAACUGUGCAUUGGAAGACAAAAAGAUCAAACUGAUCUUAAUAAAGUUCCAGCCUUUCCAAGAGCCAGAGACUUUGCCUACAGAAGUGAAGAAAGCUCUUCGAAUUUUACCAGCAGUUACCUGGAAGUCUUCUAUUUCUGCUGCUCCAGAAAAGAAAUUCUGGAAACAUAUGCAUUACCAUAUGCCAGUGAAAAUGAGGAAGGUGACAGGAAACUGCAGCCUGAAGGGCUUCUGUCAAAGAUUAUUCAGCUUAGUGUAUCGAUAG